AUGAGGACGAAGAUGGCAGCGGGAAUGUCAGAUCUGGAGGAAGACGGUAGCAGCGAUGGCGGCGGGAAUGGCGGAUCUGGAGGAAGACGGCGGCGGAUAUGGCAAAUUGAAGGUGGGCAUCGUUUUCAAUAUGUGUACAGUGAGGAUCGCCCAAAUCCCUCCUCGACACCCCUCUUCAUCUCGCUCGCAAAUUGGACCUAUCAGCCACCAUCGCCGGCCAUCCCCGCACCCUUGUCGGGGAGAGCCCUUAUCGACGGCGUCCCUGCACCCCCGUCUGUCACCGCGAACAAUUCCUCCGGCGAGACGAGUUACGUUCGCGGCUGGAAUCAAAUAGCCGGCUCAAUUGUGACGAGGGCUGGCCUGUUCACCACCAGGUUUUGGCGAAUUUUCGGUGCAUUUGGCGAGAUCCCGGUGAGGGAGUUCCGUUCUUCGAUUGAAGAAGCCACUGACAGCGACCUUGCGGCAGAGGCAGGCAAAGAUGGUGAGCCAGGGCCACCCGAUUUUCUGGCAGAUAUGACCACCGACGGGCCGCGACCUCUGCACCUGCACCACCCGACGAUCCCUCUUCCACCAGCGACCUUCUGUUCAGCUGCCAUCGCUCGAGCCACCCCGACAGACCCCAGCCACGAGCCUUCUGGUCAGCCGCGAGCCUCAAUCGAGCCCCGUCGAGGAAGCCGCGAUCUGGAACCUUGCCGAUGA